AUGUCGUUUGAUGACUCUCAGACCAGCAGCAAUAGACAAGGACGUUGCGUCUUGGUGGCGUUCUGUCUUCUGGAGACAAGGGUAGAAUCCAAUGAGAUCUUGGGCCUGAAGAUCCCCAACAUUGACCCCAUCCUAAACGCCAACACGGUAUGCCUGACGCUUCCGGGCCUGACACGGCGCCAACUGGAGGUGUGUAUGCGAAACCCCGAUGUGACGGCCUCAGCCAUCCAGGGGAUCCAGAUCGCCAUCCAUGAGUGCCAGCACCAGUUCAGAGGGCACCGCUGGAAUUGCUCAAGCCUGGAGACGAGGAACAAAAUACCCUACGACAGCGUGGUCUUUAAAAGAGGUUUCAGAGAGAGUGCCUUUGCCUAUGCUAUUGCUGCGGCUGGCGUGGUGCAUGCGGUUGCCAAUGCCUGCUCCAUGGGAAAACUGAAAGCUUGCGGCUGUGACGAGAAGCGGCGUGGUGAUGAGGAGGCCUUCCGCAUCAAGCUGCAUCGCCUCCAGUUGGAGGCCAUCCACCGGGGGAAGGGUAUGGUGCAUGGCGUCAUGGAGCACUUCCCUGCUGAUCUGCCGGGGCCCCAGGACUCCUGGGAGUGGGGGGGCUGCAGCCCCGAUGUGGAAUUUGGCGAGAAGUUCUCGAGGGACUUCCUGGAUGCCCGCGAGACGUACAAGGACAUCCAUGCCCGAAUGAGGCUGCAUAAUAACAAGGUUGGGAGGCAGGUGGUGAUGGACCACAUGAGGAGGAAGUGUAAAUGCCAUGGGACAUCAGGGAGCUGCCAGCUGAAGACCUGCUGGCAGGUGACCCCGGAGUUCCGGCUGGUGGGCUCGCUCCUCAAGGAGCGCUUCCACAUUGCCACGCUCAUCAAGGCCCACAACCGCAACACCGGGCAGCUUGACCACUCCCACCACAACAACCACCACAAUAACCACCACAACCACAACAACCACCACCACCAGAGCAACAACCACCACCACCACACGCAUCGCCGACGGCCCAGCAUCAACGAGCUGGUCUACUUCGAGAAGUCGCCCGACUUCUGUGAGCGGGACCUGGGCUCGGACUCGGCGGGCACACAGGGCCGGAUCUGCAACAAGACCAGCCCCGGCAUGGACAACUGCGAGAGCCUCUGCUGUGGGCGGGGCCACAACAUCCUGCAGCAGACGCGGAGCGAACGCUGCAACUGCAAGUUCCACUGGUGCUGCUAUGUGGUGUGCGAAGAGUGCCGGAUAACAGAGUGGGUCAGUGUCUGUAAAUGA